GCCCGUAAUUUCUGUUUCUUGGGAUUAAUUCCAGGCUGAGGGUAGCCUCGGUGAGACCCUUAAUCAAAAUAAAAUAGUUUGAGAAUGUUCCCCUUCCCCUUCCCCAGUAUACACGUGUUCAAAUGUCCACUGUACACAAAUAUGACAAUUACUAUGUUAAUUAAAAAUACAUGUAUUAAAACAGAAGCAAAGUGAUUAGCUAAAUGUGUCCAUUUUACAUGUUUAUACUGCCUAUGUAUGCACACAUAAUAAUAUAUAUGCAUGUAUACAAAACGCUAGGUUGGAAGAUCCAUAAAUUAUUCUCGCUAUUCUUCUUUCUACCUCCAUGCUUUCUCUUGGAGUUCACAUACUUUAACCUUAACUGUUCCUGGUUUGGUUUCAGCACAGGGUGAGUGGGACGCGCAGGCAGGAGGGAAACAAGACUCACUCAAGCGUGCUUAUUACCUAAGCAACGGAAUCAAACAGCCCGGACAGAAUGGCUUUACAAAAGGGCUGCUGAGAAGUUAAUGUACAUAGUCUGUUAGGCCAGUUUAAUAACGAUUCAAAAAAGAAGAGAAGUGAGAAAUGGUAGACUACUUGUCUUGCAGCAGGAAUGAAUCGAGGGCAAUUGGCCUAGGUGGUCGCAGUGCGCUGAGACCCGGAGUGCAGCUUCACGGCUCACGCUCCUCACCAGGGAAUAACGUGGACUUGCCGAGAGGCUGCAAGCUACUCGUGGCUUCAUAUUCAGUAAAGUGCUUUGAGCGAGACUGGCAAGCAAUGAUUAUGUGAACAUUUUUUUUCUGGGAUGCUUAGGAAACGAGGUUUUCAAAGUAAGAGAAACGCCACUAGGUAACUUCCUGGGUCGUAGUUACACACCGACAGGACUCUCAAAAUAGCUUUGGGCCCCUCCCAGCCGGACUUUGAAAGCCGGUGUGAGACGCAUGCGUGCCUCCCCUAUGACCUCCUGGUGGCACAAAAGAUAGCGGACCUUCUUCCCGACAGCUCGCGCGGGAGAAAGAGGGAGGGGGAAGUGUGAGUAAUUCUCGCGAGGAUUUAGCCAGCGCCGACGGAAACAGUAGACACGUGACUGUACUAGGCGGCCUUCGCCUUCCCCCUCCCCCUUCGCUGCAACCCGGCCCCCUCACCCCUCGCCCACCCCAGAGCCACGAUAAUGGACCGUAUGGGUUUCGGAAUUUCCUUGGAUCCAGUCACUGGUAUCAGGCCAGCAGGAGUCGGUGGAGUCCGUUUUUUGAUGGCGAAGGCAGGGGGCGACCAAGGUGGGGGGAGGAUCAUCUUCCUUCUCCUAGGAAGGAGGCGGGGUGGAGAGGGGAGCAGAGGAUCGAGGUGGGGGGGAGGGAGGAAGUCACGUGGGGGCGCGGCCCGCGCAGCCUUUGCGCGGCGCCUCGCCCGUCGCCCCGCCCCCUCCCCUGCCGGCGGGCGGGGGGGCUCGGAGGAGGGGCUUCAAGAUGGCGGCGGGGAGGUAGGCAGAGCCGGACGCCGCUGCUGCCACCGCCGCCGCCGCCGCCGCCGCCUCCGCUCCAGUCGCCUUGGGCUCUUCAAGCUCUCAGCGCUUGGGAGAAGCUGUUCUGGCGUCAGGUCCCGCGAGGAAACAGCAACCUCCAUCUACUACAACAUUUGUGCUAAAUCAAAUAAAUCAACUUCCAACCCUGGGAUCUACAAUUGUAAUGACUAAAACACCACCUGUAACAACCAACCGGCAGACCAUCACUUUAACGAAAUUUAUCCAGACUACUGCAAGCACCCGCCCUUCAGUCUCAGCGCCAGCAGUGCGGAACACUGUGACCUCUGCACCUUCAAAAGACCAGGUUCAGCUGAAGGAUCUACUCAAAAAUAAUAGUCUUAAUGAACUCAUGAAGUUAAAGCCACCUGCUAAUAUUGCUCAGCCAGUUGCAACAGCAGCUACUGAUGUGAGCAAUGGUACAGUGAAGAAAGAGUCUUCUAAUAAAGAAGUAGCAAGAAUAUGGAUAAACGACAUGAAAAUGAGGAGUUUUUCCCCGACUAUGAAAGUUCCUGUUGUAAAAGAUGAAGAUGAGCCAGAGGAAGAAGAUGAAGAAGAAAUGGGCCAUGCUGAAACCUAUGCAGAGUAUAUGCCAAUAAAACUAAAAAUUGGCCUGCGUCAUCCAGAUGCUGUAGUGGAAACUAGCUCUUUAUCCAGUGUCACUCCUCCUGAUGUUUGGUACAAAACGUCCAUCUCUGAAGAAACCAUUGAUAGUGGAUGGUUAUCAGCGUUACAGCUUGAGGCAAUUACAUAUGCAGCCCAGCAACAUGAAACAUUCCUACCUAAUGGGGAUCGUGCUGGCUUCUUAAUAGGUGAUGGUGCUGGUGUAGGGAAAGGCAGAACAAUAGCAGGAAUCAUCUAUGAAAAUUAUUUGUUGAGUAGAAAGAGAGCAUUGUGGUUCAGUGUUUCAAAUGACUUAAAGUAUGAUGCUGAAAGAGAUUUGAGGGAUAUUGGAGCAAAAAACAUUUUGGUUCACUCAUUAAAUAAGUUCAAAUAUGGAAAAAUUUCAUCCAAGCAUAAUGGGAGUGUGAAAAAAGGUGUUAUAUUUGCGACAUAUUCCUCCCUUAUUGGUGAAAGCCAGUCUGGUGGUAAAUAUAAAACCAGGUUAAAACAACUUCUGCAUUGGUGCGGUGAUGACUUCGAUGGAGUGAUAGUAUUUGAUGAAUGUCAUAAAGCAAAAAACUUAUGUCCUGUUGGUUCUUCAAAACCCACUAAGACUGGCUUAGCAGUUUUGGAGCUUCAGAACAAAUUGCCAAAAGCCAGAGUUGUUUAUGCAAGUGCCACUGGUGCUUCGGAACCACGCAACAUGGCCUAUAUGAACCGCCUUGGAAUCUGGGGUGAGGGAACUCCGUUUAGAGAAUUCAGUGAUUUCAUUCAAGCAGUGGAGCGCAGAGGUGUUGGUGCCAUGGAAAUAGUUGCUAUGGAUAUGAAGCUUAGAGGAAUGUACAUAGCCCGGCAGCUGAGUUUUACUGGAGUGACCUUCAAAAUUGAGGAAGUUCUUCUUUCUCAGAACUAUGUUAAAAUGUAUAACAAAGCAGUCAAACUGUGGGUCAUCGCCAGAGAGCGGUUUCAGCAGGCUGCAGAUCUGAUCGAUGCUGAGCAGCGGAUGAAGAAGUCCAUGUGGGGUCAGUUCUGGUCUGCACACCAGAGGUUUUUCAAAUACUUGUGCAUAGCAUCUAAAGUUAAGAGGGUCGUGCAGCUCGCCCGGGAGGAAAUCAAGAAUGGAAAAUGUGUUGUGAUUGGUCUGCAGUCUACAGGAGAAGCUAGAACAUUAGAAGCCUUGGAAGAGGGUGGAGGAGAAUUGAAUGAUUUUGUUUCAACUGCCAAAGGAGUGUUGCAGUCACUCAUUGAAAAACACUUCCCUGCUCCAGACAGGAAAAAACUGUAUAGUUUGCUGGGAAUUGAUCUGACAGCUCCAAGUAACAACAGUUCACCCAGAGAUAGCCCUUGCAAAGAAAACAAAAUGAAGAAACGGAAAGGUGAAGAAAUAACUCGAGAAGCUAAAAAAGCACGGAAGGCUGGUGGCCUUGCAGGUAGCAGUUCCGACGACAGUGGAAGUGAGUCUGAUGCCUCGGAUGUUGAAGAAAGUGACUAUGAGAGCUCGAAAAACUUGAGCUCUGGGGAUGACGACGACUUCAACCCCUUCAGAGAUGAGUCUAGUGAGGGCGAUGAAGAUGAUCCGUGGUUAAUCAGAAAAGACCACAAGAAAAACAAAGAUAAAAAAAAGAAGAAAAGUAUAGAUCCAGAUUCAAUUCAAAGUGCCUUAUUAGCAUCAGGUCUUGGCUCAAAACGGCCUUCUUUUUCAUCUACACCAGUUAUUGCACCUGCUCCCAACAGUACACCAGUGAACAGUAACUCCAGCAGUAAUAGUAGCCUUAUAACAAGUCAGGAUGCUGUGGAGAGGGCUCAGCAGAUGAAGAAAGAUCUGCUUGAGAAACUAGAAAAGUUAGCUGAAGACCUCCCUCCUAAUACGCUGGAUGAACUUAUCGACGAGCUGGGAGGCCCGGAGAAUGUUGCUGAGAUGACUGGCCGCAAGGGACGGGUCGUAAGCAACGAUGAUGGAAGCAUAUCUUACGAGUCAAGAUCGGAACUGGACGUGCCUGUAGAGAUACUAAAUAUUACAGAAAAACAAAGGUUUAUGGAUGGAGAUAAGAAUAUUGCUAUCAUCUCAGAAGCUGCCAGCUCGGGUAUUUCGUUACAAGCAGAUCGCAGAGCUAAAAAUCAAAGGCGAAGAGUUCAUAUGACUCUAGAAUUACCCUGGAGUGCAGAUAGAGCAAUUCAACAAUUUGGAAGAACUCACCGAUCAAACCAAGUUACUGCUCCUGAGUAUGUCUUCCUGAUUUCUGAACUGGCAGGAGAACAGAGAUUUGCCUCUAUUGUUGCCAAAAGACUUGAGAGCCUGGGGGCGCUUACACAUGGUGACAGAAGAGCAACCGAAUCUCGGGAUCUGAGCAGAUUCAACUUUGACAAUAAGUAUGGAAGAAAUGCUUUAGAAAUUGUUAUGAAAUCCAUUGUAAAUUUGGACUCUCCUAUGGUAUCACCACCUCCAGACUAUCCCGGAGAAUUUUUCAAAGAUGUUCGACAGGGACUGAUAGGUGUUGGCCUGAUAAAUGUAGAAGAUCGCUCUGGAAUCCUUACUCUUGAUAAAGAUUAUAACAACAUAGGAAAGUUCUUAAAUAGAAUUCUGGGCAUGGAAGUGCAUCAACAGAAUGCGUUAUUUCAGUAUUUUGCCGACACGCUUACCGCAGUUGUUCAGAAUGCCAAAAAAAAUGGAAGAUAUGACAUGGGAAUCCUGGAUCUUGGUUCCGGAGAUGAGAAGGUGAGGAAAAGUGACGUGAAGAAGUUUCUGACUCCAGGCUACUCAACCUCUGGCCACGUAGAGUUAUACACGAUUAGUGUAGAGAGGGGAAUGUCCUGGGAGGAAGCAACCAAGAUCUGGGCUGAGCUGACAGGACCAGAUGACGGCUUCUACUUGUCCUUGCAAAUAAGGAACAACAAGAAAACUGCCAUCUUAGUUAAGGAAGUAAACCCUAAAAAGAAACUUUUCUUAGUUUAUCGACCAAAUACUGGGAAGCAGCUCAAAUUAGAAAUUUAUGCUGAUCUUAAAAAGAAGUAUAAGAAGGUAGUCUCAGAUGAUGCUCUUGUGCAUUGGUUAGACCAAUAUAAUUCAUCUGCAGAUACUUGUACUCAUGCUUAUUGGCGUGGCAAUUGCAAAAAAGCAAGCCUGGGAUUAGUCUGUGAAAUAGGUCUUCGCUGCCGCACAUAUUACGUUCUAUGUGGCUCAGUCCUGAGCGUGUGGACAAAAGUGGAGGGUGUUCUCGCAUCUGUCAGUGGUACAAAUGUGAAGAUGCAGAUAGUUCGGCUAAGGACAGAAGAUGGGCAACGGAUUGUAGGCUUGAUCAUUCCGGCGAAUUGUGUGUCGCCUCUCAUAAAUCUCCUGUCAACUUCAGACCAGUCUCAGCAGCUUGCGGUCCAGCAGAAGCAGCUGUGGCAGCAGCAUCACCCACAGAGCAUCGCCAACCUGAGCAACGCUUGAGGAACAGACAGGUGGCAGCACGGUGUGUCUUGAGAUGCUGUGGGGCAUAUCAUUUGCAUAAAAAUCAGGGACAGUUUCCAAAGAAUUCUAUAUAUUUUUUUGGUUGUGCUUUCUAGUUAAUUUUUUGGGGGAAUAAGGACAAACCUGGAAUAGGUAGCAAAACUGAAAAUCAGCAGUGCCGAUGGUAGUACAUGAAUCUUUUCCUUUCACCUCCCUGAGGCUUCCCAUCCGCUUCUAUUUGGGUGAGCUGAGGGGCAUAAUGCGCAUGUGCGCACAUCGGUCUGUUUGUGUUUGCAACAAACCACAGUUGGUUUAAGAUGCUUGGAACUUCCCAAACUGGCUUUACCUUCCUGUUACACAGUGCUCAGGGUUAAUGCAGUACAUUCAUGUCAUUGCUGGGGCCUCCCCAGGUGCAUGUGUUGAGUCUAUAAAUAUGGAAAAUAUAUAUUGAUUUCUUUUUCCAACAUAAAACAAUAGGUUUACUAAAGCAUGAAAUGAAAGGCUGCAUAUCAUGCAUUCAGGUUUUUUUGUAGUUUUUGUUCUGACAGUGCAUGUCUUUGAAAGCAUGCGUAACACAACACAGAAGUUGAGCGUUGGGAGAGAAGAUUUGUAGAUGUACAGCAUUGGGUAUUGCGUUUUCAUAGUGUUUAUACCUGGGUGUUGCAUCCAGCCUUGCAGACCCUCCCUGCCUCCUCUCCUCCCUUGCCCCAGGUUUCUGUCCAGGUAAUGAGUACAAAUUUGUAAUAAAACUCCUCAAAGUUAAUUUUAAUGUAUUAAUAUAGUAUUCCUAAUGUGUGCUGCAAAAAUGGCUAUAAGCCUGUUCUUCUUAAAAGUUACAUUUUCCUUAACUUAAAGAUAGUUUUAGAAGUACAGUUGGCUUCUGUCUUGCAAAAACUCUGGUUUUACUUCAUUUCAUUAUCUGACGUUUUUGUCACUCAUAAACAGAAAACCAUACUUGAGUUGUAAACUAGAAAUGAGGAAACACUUGAGGCUUCUGCUGUAUGUUUUUUUGUUGUUGUUAUUGUUACCCAGUAACUUGAACAUUGUUUUCUGUGUUGUAAGACAUUGUAGAAUUUAUCUCAAGCUGUUAAAAAUGGUAAUGUACAAAUGUGAAUAGACAUUUAUCUAUAACAUGGGUAAGAUUUGUUUUGCCUAUAAUAGAUGUUUAUAAAAACAAGUGAGGGACUUUUUUCAAGUGGUCUUUUCUUUUUUAUUUGCUUGCACAGGUUGCACUAUUAAAAUUGAGAUUGUAUAAACCUGAUUAAAAACUGCAAGGUACCAAAAUCUUGUAGAUGUUAAAUAAAAAGUUACCAUCCUGA